GGGGAGGCGUAGCUACUGGUGUGAACCCAGUUCUUCGGCUGUGUCGGAUGGUGAAGGCGGUGAUGCAGGCGUUGUGUUUAGUUUUAUUCCGGUACCUUUUAACGGGAAAAAAAAUGACAGUCGCGUUUAUGUAGCAUGGCGUUGGAAAUUUUUUUUAUAUAGGCGCUGACUGAUAGCUGUUUUUAAAAGGCACGUGAAACAUGUCUCUCUCUGGGAGCGCUUUCGUGGAUUGUAGCCCGAAUGGAUUCCACACCGGCGAUAGGAACAAGGAGAACCGGAGUGCGACGGCCGUGCUCAGCUUAGUCCAGUUCGCACGGCCCCCUUUCCUGAGUUUCGGGACCGUUAAGCUGGGCUCCUCCAAGUCGGCGCUUCUGCACAUCGAAAACCCGAAUGAAUACUUAGCGGAUGUGAAAGUGGACCGUGUCCCCUCCAGUAAAGGCUUCUCUGCUGAUCAGACCCAAUUCACUGUCCAGCCAACUGGAGAUGUGACUUUGACAAUUACCUGGACCCCAGUGGAAGAAGGUGGUGUGAGGGAGCUUGUGGUCAUCACAGUGAAUGACGUUGUCAAGCAUCAAGCCAUUUUGCUCGGGAAAGCAGAAGCUCAAAAGAAGAAAAAGAAGAGUUUAUGGGAUUCCAUUAAAAACAAGAAAGCGAGUGAUCUUUCGGGACCACGAAAAGGAAAGGCAGCUGAUCUUUCUCUGAAAAGCGCAGGCAACAAAACAUUCCAUGUGUCCCGACAAUCUCAGUACAAGAAGACCAGGGUGCGAGGACCCCUUGAACCUUUUAACCAAGACCCCGUGGUUCCCAAGAAGGUGUCAGUCCUGCCGCCAUCUGUGACUGUUCAGGAUGAGCAGUUGCUGCGGAAGAGCCUCACGCCAACCUCUCUUCAGUCGCCCCGUGUGAAGUCUGGCAAAAUGAACCAGGAAAAUCUUUUCCCGUUCAACAGAGACUCACCGGUUGUUCUUCUCGUCCCUGCUGCCACCCUUGUUGAUGUUGCGAGUUCAAAUGAAAAGCGACUGAAACGUGUUACUGAUUCAGAAGAAGACUCUGUCUGCAGAGAUGUUACACGGGUGUUAAACAGGACUCACUCACCCGUUAAACCAACACAAUAUGUUGUGAACAAGUCAAUACUGUGCAGUGAGUCUUGUUCAAGUCCAGCCUCUAAUUUGAACAAACAGGGGUCUGAUAUCAACCAGGCCGUUUUGCCAGGGACACCAGUGUUGUCUAUGAGAGAUGCUUUGGCAAUUAUUCAGUCAGAUCUAACGCAGUUGGAAAGUCCCCCAAAUGCUUGCUCUAGCUUUGAAUUCUCAGAUUCUCUUGAGUCUUUGAAGGGAAGCAGCGAAAUCAGGCAGUUUCAUGUUAACUCUGAAGCAAUGGGACCAGACAUGCUUAAUGACACUUCUUCGGAGUUUACACCUGCGAAGCAAAGACUGACUUUCUUUGUGAAGUCAAAGCCCAUCUCAGACGACAGACGUGGAAAUGAGGAGGAGGACAGCCAGGCUUCUCUGAUUUCCAACAAAAAUCCAUUCACGUCUGUUACGGUAAUCAAACAGAAAGGUAAUAAAAUGCAAGAGACUUGCCCAGAAAAAACGGGAACCUCAAGGCGUCGUCUUUUGGGAAAGACUGUAGAAUUGCCACAGGAUGACCGGGUGAAACCAAAUAUUGAUGAAGAAAGUGAUGUUUGUGUUCUUCCUAUUAUUGAUUCAUCUGUUAGCUGUGAUGGCAAUAUAGUAAAUUCUCAAUCCAGGAUGGUGAUACCUGGAAUUUCUCCAAUCAGGUGUGCUAGCACAGAUCUGUCCGUCUUGUCUCCAGUGGGCGCUAUCCAGUCUUGCAAAUCCUCAACUCACCCUUCCAGUCCCAACGUCAAAACCAAGUCUACUGUAAGACCAUUAGUAGUGCAGCCGGAAGGAUGCGCUGUCAAGCCAGUGCUCUGUACCACUCAGUCUGACGCUGGCCACAAAAAAAGGAAGAGUGACGAGUUUUUGAAGGAGAACUCCGACGAUGCAGUUUUCCAAGUGAAAAAGGCCCGUGCAUUUCCAGCAACCAAGGAGACAAAACCAGUGGUAGAGAAAAGGCUUGGCGCUAAAUCCUCAUCACAAAGGCCACAGGCAUCAGCGGCCACACUGACUUCUCGUUCAUCUGCAUCUGCAAAAUCCACUGUAGGCACGAGCCGUCCCAAGCUUUCAAAGAUUUCGAAACCGGUUAACCGGGCGCGGCAGCCUGUGAAACCGUUUGGUGUCUCAUCACUGAAGACUUCUAAGGUUGUGGCAGUGGCCCAGUCACAUCUAACGUUCAUAAAGCCAGCGCAAACUGUUUUACCACGACACCCAUUGCCGUUUGCAGCCAAGAACAUGUUCUAUGAUGAAAGAUGGAUGGAGAAGCAGGAGAGAGGAUUUACGCUGUGGAUGAACUAUGCUCUCACUCCCGAUGAGUUCAAGGUCAACACAGAAGUCACCAAAGUGAACGCCCUGUCUCUGGCGUUUCAGUCCGAUCAGCCUUUCAGCAUUUCAAAAGCCCCGACGAAAGAGGAGGUUUCCUUCAGGGCGUACACGGCCCGAAGACGGCUGAACCGCCUCCGCCGGGCUGCUUGUCUGCUCUUCACUUCUGAGUCGAUGGUCAAAGCCAUACAGAGGCUGGAGCUGGAGGUGGAGGCCCGGAGGCUCCUGGUGCGCAAGGACCGGCACCUGUGGAAGGACAUCGGGCAACGGCAGAAAGUUCUCAACUGGCUUCUUUCCUACAAUCCUCUUUGGCUGAGGAUUGGACUUGAGACCAUUUUUGGAGAGUUGAUUCCUUUAGAGAGUAAUAAUGACGUCAUGGGACUGGCCCUGUUCAUCCUCCGCCGACUGCUGUGGAAUCCAGACAUUGCUGCUGAAUUCAGGCAUCCGAAAGUUCCUCACCUGUACCGUGAUGGUCAUGAGGAUGCCCUGUCCUCUUUCACGUUGAAGAAGCUUCUUCUCCUAGUCUGCUUUCUCGAUAAAGCGAAGGAAUCCAAAAUUAUUGAGCAUGACCCAUGCUUAUUUUGCAUGGAUGCUGAAUUCAAGACUAGUAAGGAUCUGCUGUUGGCAUUUUCAAGAGACUUUCUUAGUGGUGAGGGAAUUCUUCCUCGGCACCUGGGUUACAUGGGCCUGCCCGUUUGCCAUGUCCAGACGGCCCUGGAUGAAUUCGACUUUGCGGUGAAGAACCUGGCUGUUGAUUUGAGAUGUGGAAUACGGCUGGUGAGAGUUAUGGAGCUUUUCACCCAAAACUGGAGCCUCUCUCAGAAGCUAAGGGUACCUGCCAUAAGUCGCCUUCAGAAGGUACACAAUGUUGACAUUGCGCUGCAGGUGCUGAAAGACAGAGGUGUUGACCUGAAGGACGAGCAUGGCGGAGCCAUUGACUCAAGAGAUGUUGUGGAUGGACACAGAGAGAAGUCAAUAACUCUGCUGUGGAAAAUCAUCUUUGCUUUUCAGGUGGAUGUUUUGCUUGAUGAAGAUAAACUCAAAGAAGAAAUUGAUUUCCUUCACCGAAUGUGGAGAAGCAAAGAGGAACUAGCUGCAUGGAAGCAGCACAGGAAUGUGGUGCCAAAGGCCCUGCAAGCCAAAUGUGAAGAGAGUGCUGCAAAACUGACACUGUUGAUGGACUGGGUCAAUGCCGUUUGUGCAUUUUACAACUUAAAGGCAGAGAAUUUCACCGUGUCGUUCUCAGAUGGGCGGCUUCUUUGUCACCUCCUCCACCACUAUCACCCCUGCCACCUUCCCCUGGACGCCAUUUACCAAAGUACAACACAGACCGUAGAGUGUGACCAACGUGGGAGAGUUGGGUUGGACUGUUCAUUUAGUGAUUCAGACAGCUCUUUCAACAAUGACCCUGGCGCUUCAUUGGAUUGCAAAGAGCUUCUGGAGAAUGAGAGAAGAAAUUUCCAACUGUUGCAUGCUGCUGUGACUUCUCUGGGAGGGGUUCCAGCCAUGAUAGCGCCAACUGAUAUGUCAAACACGAUUCCAAAUGAAAAAGUGGUGACAUGCUACCUGUCUUUCCUUUGUGCCCGGCUCUUGGACCUGCGGGCCGAGAGCAGAGCUGCGUGGGUCAUUCAGAGAACUUGGAGGAAAUACAGGCUAAAAAUCCAGAGGAGGCUCCUCAAGGAAAAGAAUGUGGCUGCUGCCAAGAUACAGGUGGCCGUCAAGAAGUUCCUGUUGAGACGCCGUGAGGAGAGACUUCACGCUUCAGCAAUAGUCCUUCAGGCUGCUUGGCGUGGCCACUUAGUACGGCAAGAGAUUAGACAGCAGAGGAUGGAGAAGCUUCGGAUUGUGCAAGAUUCUGCCGCAGUAGUCAUCCAAGCGGAAUGGAGGAGGUAUUCGGCUGUGAAACGCUUUCAGAGGCUGAGGCACCAUGCCGUCGUGAUCCAAGCUCGUGUGCGGAUGAAGGUUGCCGCGGCUGCCUUCAGACGGCUUCGGCGGGCAGUGUUGACGUUCCAGCAACGCAGAAAGGCCUCUCUGCUUGCGAAAGAGCACCGUCAGCGAUACCUCUCUUUAAGGAAUGCGGCUAUUACCAUUCAAAAAAGCUUCAGAAGGUGGAAGGUUCUGUCGUCCAUAAGGAGGAGCAACGCGGCUGUAGUUAUACAGACUGCAUUCCGGAAAUGGCACGCACAGAAUAGGACCCGUCAAGCUGCAGCAGCCUUGAGAAUACAGUCGUGGUACAGAAUGCUCGUGUGCUGUCGACGGUAUGCGAAAGUGCUCCGGAAAGCAGUAAUCAUACAGGCAUGGUAUAGAGGUUUCAAAGAGAGGAAAACCUACUGGAUACUAAAACAGCAGCAUUCUAGUGCGUCUGUCAUCCAAAGAACAUUCAAGGCCUUUGCUCUGAGGAGCCGCUUUUUGGAGGUCAGACGCGCUACGCUGAUCAUCCAGCAUUGGUACAGAGCUUGUAGACGGAAGCAGAGGGAGAGAUUACAGUACCUGAAAAUGAAAGCUGCUGCAGUUAUCCUGCAAGCAGCAUACCGUGGACAUGUCGCACGCAAAGAGAGGCACUUCCAGCACAAGGCAGCGGUAGUAAUUCAAGCGGCGUUUAGAAUGUCUUUGGCCCGCAAAAGGUUCUUCUUGUUGAGGAGAGCUGUCAGAGACAUACAACGCCGCUAUAGGGCUAAACUUUCGGGUGAGAAACAGAGAAUGGAAUAUGUGGCUCUUCGGCAUUCCGCCAUUAAACUUCAAGCUUUGUGGCGAGGCAGAGUUGAAAGGAGGAGGAUUGAGAGGUUGCACAAAGCUGCAGUCUUGAUACAGUCACAUUUCCGCAGGUGCUCCAUCCAGUUGCAGUUCAGAUUGAAGAGGAGAGCAGCUUUGGUGCUGCAGGAUAAGUUUAGGGCGUACAUCUUUGGAAGAAACGUACGACAGCAGUACCUGGAGAAGAGAGCAGCGAUCAUUACUUUGCAGGCUGGAUUUCGUGGAAUGAAGGUCAGACAGGAGAUGAAGGAAAAGCAUAGAGCAGCCAGCCUAAUUCAGGCUAAAUUUAAGGCCUUUAUUUAUAAGCGCAAUUUCAUGUUACUCAGAAGAGCAACUGUAGUUGUCCAGCAACACUUUCGGACACAUCUAUUGGGUCAACAUCAACAGCGGCAAUAUAAUCGACUACGACAAGCAGCUGUCAAGCUCCAGGCAUCUUACAGGGGGUAUAAGGUUAGAAGAGAUCUAAUGCGCAGGCACAGAGCUUCAUCUGUAAUUCAAGCAUAUUUUAGAAUGUAUAAAGCUAGGAUGUCUUUCAAUGCAGCCAGAUUUGCAGCUGUUGUUAUACAGCAACGCUACAGGGCUUGGAUGGAAGGAAGAUGCCAACGUGAGUGGUACUUGAGGAGAAAGGAAUCAGCCGUUGUGAUACAAUCAUCUUUCAGGGGCUUAAAAGCCCGUCUCCAGGUAAAGGAGAUGCACAAAGCUGCAACUGUCAUCCAAGCAUGUUACCGCAGACACAAGCAGGUCGCUCAGUUUAACAAGCUGCGCUGGGCUGCGUCUGUCAUCAGACAAAGGUUCAAAGCCACUCAGCUGAAAAAUGCCCAAGUUCGGAAAUAUGAAGCCAUGAAAAAUGCAGCGGUCCGCAUACAGUCUGCAUUCCGUGGCAUGAAAUCUAGGCGGCGAGUGCGAGAGAUGCAAGACGCUGCCAGAAUAAUUCAAAGACGUUAUGCCGCUUACAACAUGCGCAAGAGGUACCUUCAAGUAAAGGCAGCCGCUGUCAAAAUUCAACAGCAGUACCGGGCUCAUCUUGCUGCGAGAAUUCAACAGCAGCGGUAUCAGUCUUUAGUCACUGCAUCGGUCACUAUACAGGCUGCAUAUAGAGGAAUGAAAGUCAGGAAGGAAUUGCAAAGAAUGCGCCAAUCGGCAACUGUGAUUCAGGCUUAUUUCAGAAUGUACCGGGAGAGGACGCCCUUCAUAGCGGCCAAGUUGGCUGCGGUGGUGAUACAGCGACAUUACCGGUGUCAUCUGGAAGGAAAGCGCGUCAGAGAAGACUUCUUGAAACUUCAGCACAGUGCUGUGAUGAUCCAGGCGGCCUUCAGAGGAAAACGGGCGAGAUGUGAGAUUAGGAGGAUGCACUCCGCUGCCCUUGUGAUUCAAGGCUGUUUCAGGAUGCAGCAGUGUUAUACCCAGUUCCAAAAACUGCGUUGGGCUGCGAGAGUCAUUCAGCAAAGGUACAGGGCUUCCAGAAUGAGGAAUUUGCUAAUGCAGGAGUACAGGGUGAAGAAAACGUCAGCAAACAUAAUCCAGUUAGCGUUCCGUAAUUACAAAGCUAGGCAGCAGAUUAAAACCAUGCACAAAGCAGCCACUUCCAUCCAGAGACGUUUCCGGACUUUCAGGACCCGGAAACGCUUCUUGUCACUCCGAGCAGCUGCUAUAGUUAUCCAGCUUCGAUAUAAAGCUUUCAUGGCUGCCAGAAGCAUGCGUGCAGAAUACCUGGCGACGCGUACUGCCACCAUAACAAUCCAAGCAGCCUUCAGAGGAGUAAAAGCUCGCCGACAGCUGCUAAGGGAGCGCAAAGCAGCCACAGUUAUACAGGUUGCAGUUCGAAAGCACCAAGCCAGAAGCUUUUAUAGAAGGUUGCAGUGGGCAGCAGAUGUGGUCCGACGACGUUACCGGGCCAAUACACUGAUGAUUAAGGAGAAGCAAAACCUAGCAGUAAAAAAGCAGGCUGCCAUUUGCAUUCAGGCUGCUUUCCGUGGCAUGAAGGCUAGGCAGAGGUUCGCACGAAUGCGCAGUGCUGCCUGCACCCUGCAGAAAGUGUUUAGAGCGCGCGCUGCCCGUAAGCAGUACCUUUCCUUGAAAUCCGCUGUCCUUGCCGUGCAGCUGCAAUACCGUGCAGUUGCUGCUGGUAGAAGACAAAGAGAACUCUACAUCCAUGUGCGCGGUGCUGCCCUAACUUUACAGGCAGCGUACCGAGGGUGGCGGACGAGGCAGGUGAUUCGCCGGCGACAUGCGGCAGCCGCUCUCAUCCAAUCACUGUUUAGAAGACACAGAGAAGUGAUAAAAUACCAGGCAAUGAGGCUGUCAGCUCUCAUCAUUCAGCAGCAUUACAGAUCGUAUCUGCAAGUCAAGGAAGAAAGAGCUAAAUUUUUACAACUGAGAAACGCAGCCGUAUCUAUUCAGGCAGCGUUCAGGAGGCGGAGAGUCCAGAAAAAGCUGGCUGGAUUGCAUAGAGCGGCCACACUGAUACAAGCUACCUUCAGGAUGCAUCAGCAGAGGGUGCUUUUUGUGAGAUUACGCUGGGCGGCCACAGUUUUGCAGCAAAGGCUGCGAGCGCAGAAACUUGGAGAUCUUCAGUUGGAGAAGUACAUGAGAAUGAAAAGGGCCGCCACUUGCCUUCAGGCUUCAUUCCGUGGCGCGAAAGCAAGGCGACUAGCGAAGGAAAAAAGAGCCGCUCGUUUAAUUCAGUCGUUCCUUCAAAUGAGUGUGGAUCGGCGCCGGUUUCUGCGCUGCCGGAAUGCUGCGGUGGUCAUCCAGUCGACAUUCAGGGGUCACUACACCCGCAAUCAGUUCAGAAAAAUGCAGUCUUCCUCUCUUGUGAUACAAAGAUGGUACAGGUCUUGCAAGAAGACCCAGAAACUGAGGGCUGACUACCUCUCCAUUAGGCAAGCAGCAGUUGCACUGCAGAGUGCUUAUCGUGGCCUGCAGGCAAGGAGAAUGGCGAAGUCUGAACUGUCAGCGGUGAAGAUCCAGUCAGUGAUGCGCAUGCUCCCGUAUCGCAAGAGCUUUUUGCAUCUCCGCUCAAAUGUUGUGAAGAUACAGGCCAGCUACAAGAUGUGUGUGGAUAGGAGGCGCUUUUUAGGCUAUCGAAUGGCGGCGAUAACUCUCCAAAGGCGUUUCAGAGCCCGGCAGGAAAUGCGAGCACAAAAGGAAGUCUACCUGAAGACUCUGAAGAGUGUCAAGGUCAUUCAGGCACAAGUACGAGGACAUGUUGAGCGCAAGAAGUUCCUUAAGUGCAAGAAGAGUGCCAUUACUAUUCAGGCAUUUUAUCGUGGAUUGGCGCAAAGAAGAUAUUUCCAGCAGCAGAAGGCAUCUGCUACAAGAAUCCAAGAUUUCUACAGAGCCUAUACACUGGGCAGAAAAGACCGGGAAAGGUACAUGCAGAUGAGGAAAUCUGCUGUCCUCAUACAGGCCGGGUAUCGUGGCCAUCAGGGACGACAGCAUGCCAAGCGAUGGCGGGCCGCAGUCAAGAUUCAGGCCUGGUUUAAAGGAAACCUCGCUCGCCGGAAAUUUAGCGCUCAGCGAAAUGCCGCUGUAGUGAUUCAGUCAGCCUACAGGGGGCACGUGCAGAGACGGGAUUUCAAGCUACAGAGCGCGGCCGCUCUGGUUUUACAGAGGCGGUUUCAGGCGCUGCAGAGAGGGAAAGCGGAGAGGGACUCCUUCAGGAAGAUGAAGAUGGCCACUCUGACCCUUCAAGCAUUCGGCAGAGGAUGGCUCGCAAGAAGAAGGGUGGAACAAGAGGCUCAAGCAUGGAGGGUGAGAUGUUUUGCAGCCACAGCAUACCAUCAUCUCUGUGCCAUAAAGAUCCAGCGGGCCGUUCGAGCACACUGGGCCCUGGAAUCAGCCAGAAAGCAGAUGUCCUCCUUAAUUUGCAUUCAGAGAUGGGUCAGAACGAGGAUACAACGGAAACAGUACCUCGAGGACCGAAAGAAACUCAUUAAACUGCAGAGGACGGUGCGAAUCUGGUUAUCUAGACGCCAUCGAGCUAGCUCUAUCAUCCAGCAAGCUGUCAGGAAGUUCUUGACCAAAAGACGCGAGCAGAGAGUGCAGCAUGGAAUCAUAAAACUACAGGCUUUGUGGAGAGGGCAUCAAUCCCGACAGGUCCACGAUACGUCAAAGGUUGUUGCUAUGAGACGUCGCUUCAGAAAGAUUAACUCGAUGGUUAAAGAGGAGGACAAGCUUUGUAACAAGACCUCGACCGCAAUCGACUACCUCCUGAGAUACAAGCACUUCUCAUAUAUCUUGGCCGCUUUAAAACACCUGGAGACAUCAACUAGGCUUUCACCUGAAUGCUGUGAGCACCUGGUCAAAAGUGGGGCUACCUUUGUUAUAUUCACUCUCAUAAGGAGCUGCAAUCGCAGUGUUCCUUGUAUGGAAGUUAUCAGCUAUGCCAUACAAGUGCUCCUCAACUUGUCCAAGUACGACAAAACUACGGAAGAAGUUUACGGAGUGGAAAAUUCAAUUGAAACCCUUUUAGAACUGCUGCAGAUUUAUAGAGAAAGAGCCGGAGACAAAGUGGCUAACAAAGGAGGGAGUAUUUUCACCAAGACGUGUGUCCUCCUAACCAUUUUGCUACAUGACAGGCAGAGAGCUUCCGAGGUAAGAAACCUACCCAAAGCGGUGGACCGAAUUAGCAGCAUCUAUCGUCUCACCAUUCGGAAACACAAAAAAGAUGCCGAACGGACGGUCAUGAAGCAAAGGAUGAACGCCUCCCUCAAUGGCAGCUUCUUUGCUCAGACGCCGGCUCACAAAACGAAACCAGUUCCAAGAUUUGCUCCUGACUGGGUCUUGGGAAAAGAGACCAUGAGAGAGACAGUGGACCCCCUCCGAGCGAUCCAAAUGGUCGCAGAUGCUUUUGGCAUUAUGCCUUGAGGUUUGAAACGAGAAAUUUGUAAAUGCUUCUGUCUUUAAAUAUAUUUUCUUAAAAUAUUCAACAUGAUUCGAAAAUGCCAAUCCAGAAAUUUUUAAACGAUGUUGCUUUUUAAAAAAAAAAAAAAUCGGCAACUCAUUUUAUAUGUGGCCUCCUGUAUAUAAUAAAUGACCUUUGAAUUAUUUUUUACAUUUAGUUUAUGCAUUUUUCUCUGAAUUACUGAUCACAGGAAAAAAUUAUUAGCAUCUUCCUGCUCUUUUAAUUGAGUUACUUCCAUUUUAUGCCAUAAACCAAGUUAUUCCUUUAAUUACCAUUAAAAUAAUUUCCUUUAAA